AUCAAGAUGGCGGAGGUAGAGGAUGUAGAGGUGGCUGUCUUCUGUGCGAACUGCAAAAGUAAACAAAGAUUUAUGAAGCGGUGCACGGCUUGCAAACAAGUAAUUUAUUGUUCCAAGGAGUGCCAGUUACUUCACUGGCCAAACCAUAAACCAAGUUGCUUAGAGUUUAGAGUAACUGGAAGCAAUGUUUGUACAUCAUCAACUGGAUUACAAACGUCUUCAUUACCUUCAACACUACCUUCUUCAGAAAACAGCCACAGAGCUGAAAUGACUAACAUGGGAGAUACUGUAGAAGAAUAUUCUAAUGGCCUGUCUUGUAGUAAAAACAUUGACAACAAAACAGAUGGCAAAAAUUUCAAGAAAAGAAAUCGUGGCUCUGAGGAAGGAAGCAGUACUGAUAAUGCAGUCUUGUCUACAAAAGGCACUGAAGUAGACACUGUAAAAAUUUAUAUCAAACACAACAAAGUUAAGAGUGAACUUAUGGUGUCACUAACAGACAAGGGCAGUUCAAUUCUACAGAUUAUUUCAGAUCACUUAAGCAUCCCUGUUUCCAAACUUAAACUCAUACACAGAGGUAAAAUUGCAACAAGUGACAAUGUAAAGGACAUGCUCUUUAAUAAGGCCUUGUUUUUAGCAUUUGGAGAAAUAUCUGAGAGUGAAGAUGGCUUAGAACAAUCAGACAUUGACUUAAUUGUGAAGCAGCUCAAUGUGGAGAGAAAUCUUGCCAUAAAAUGUUUACGGAAGACUGGGAAUGUUGUGGAUGCCAUAAUUGAGAUUGGAAAUAUGUGAAUGAUGUAUUUGAUAAAAUGAUCUAAAGAGGUAUUUUGGUUAUAUCAGCUAAGUUGAAAUUGUAAGUGGGCCACUGUAAUGAGUUAAAAAGCUGACAUUUCGAGCAUUAGCCCUUCAUCUUUUGCUCUCACGAAGGGCUAACGCUCGAAAUAUCAGCAUUUUAACUGGUGGUGGCUAACUUAUAAUUUCAACUUGGUUGAUAUAACCAAACUACCUUGUUACCCCCACCAGCGCAACACCACAGUUUCUUUAGAAACUUUCAGCCUUUAUUCAAUGAUCUAAAUAGGGCUGCCUUGAAGGACACCAAUGUGGUAGAAGUUUACUUUAACACCAUGGAUCUGUUUUAUUUUAUAAUAACUUAACCACUUUACUCCUGUGAUGGACCAAGACAGAAUUUCUCCCUACCUUAUCAAUACAAUAUCAAGCAGACAAGGGAUGAGAAUAAAGAAAAAUUUCAGUUAGAGGAAUAUUAGUAGAUCAAAUACCAAAUUCUCUAAACUAACAUUGUAAGAAUUGUGAGGCAGGCAAAAGGGACAAUUACCAUGGAGAUCUUGGGAGUGAAAAGAUUAACUCCCUGACCUAGGGAAUCUUUUUACAGUCUACUAAAUUCCUGGUGUUGAAGUUACUGAACAUAUAUUUAUUAUCUUCCAAAACCCAGAGAAAAUAAUAAAAACUGCUUUAAUGAUAAAAAAUUGAUGUGGGAAAAAAAAAAAAAAACUAGAAAUAAUUACUUAAAACUGUCUUUCUUCCGUUGUGCAUCCGUACUGUUUGCAUCUUUUGGUUUGGUUGUUAAUUGGUUGGUUGGUUUGUUUGCGUAUUAUCAGUUUUGUUAAGGGAUGAACCUUCUUUAUUCACAGGACGCGUUUUAUGGAAAGCUGCAGACAAAGACACCAUUUCAUAAAAAUUCACCUGCAGUGCCCGUAAUUCAUUGCGUAACAUUUUACUGACUGGUGAAAUACAAUCGGACAGCGUAUUUCUGGUUCAACCAAAAGAGAAUCAAGCUCUCAUUUUAAGGUUUUUCUACUAUUUUUUUUUUCAAAGCCUUCUGCAAAACCAUAUAUUAUCUACUUGUAGUUAACUUUGCUCAAAGAGAAGAAAUUGAAAUAAUUUAAUUACUGAUUCAAGAAUUGGGAUAUCACUUUUGUAGAUAUUUGACUUGUCGCAAGCGAUUAUUUGUGGGACUAAGCGACGCUCAGGUCACUCAAAGUUGAAGACGAUCAGAUUUUUUUUUUCUUUUUUUUUUUCAUGCGGGCGGCCAACAUCGCAAAAAAUUCUCAAACUCCGGUCCUAAAACAGUCAUACUUCAAUUUUCACGAAAGACCACCAACAAAGAAAUCGCUGUUUGAACGUGGCUUUAAAACAAUGUGAAUGCAUCACAAAAAAACCAAGUCAAAAACAAAAACAAUAAGAAGAUGGAAAGUUUCGAUUAAAAACUAAAUACAUUUAAAUGAAGACCCACGUUGACCUGUUCUGUGCAAAACUGCACACAUCAGCCUAAGCUGUAAUAAUUAACCAUAUGACUUCCUCGAAAGUCCUCCCUAAUAAUUUAAUAAAGAUGAAGAAAGGCUGAUAGUUUCUAAAGAAACUAUUGGGGGCUGCGUCGGUGGGGGUAACGAAAUAAUUCGC